GUAAGCUACUGGGCACGCGUAGUGAUCAAUAUGUCCACGUGAUCUGUCGUCAGUCGCGACUCGCGUAAUUGCAAAAUGCAAAAUGUCUGAGAAGGAAACGUUUGUGUUACAAUGAAAUCAUAAUAUUUUGUUGUUUAAUUUGUAGUGUUAUAGUUUUAAAAUGCCUGCAUCAAUUGGUGUUAAUUUACGUGUGACUGGCCACUGUAGCCAAGGCGGGAGAAAGUACAUGGAAGACUUGUUUUCCGUUGCUUAUCAACAAACGGAGGAUGAGAGGGAUUUGGAGUACGCUUUCUUCGGGAUUUACGAUGGCCACGGCGGGAGCGAAGCUGCUGCUUUCGCCAAAGAGCAUUUGAUGGACUCAAUAGUGAAGCAAAGACAGUUCUGGUCGGACAAUGAUGAGGACGUUCUCAAAGCAAUUCGAAAUGGUUACAUGUUGACCCAUUUGAACAUGUGGAAAGAAUUAGAGAAAUGGCCAAAAACAGUGACGGGUCUACCCAGCACGGCUGGUACUACAGCAAGCAUUGCGUUCAUAAGGAGAGGCAAAAUAUACAUUGGACAUGUCGGAGACUCUGCCAUUGUACUUGGUUACCAAAAAGAUGGUUGUGAAGAAUGGGCUGCCAAACCUUUAACGUCGGACCAUAAACCAGAAUCAACCGCAGAAAUCGAGCGCAUCCAAAGAUGUGGUGGAAAAGUAGUGUCAAAGGCAGGAGUACCACGAGUAGUAUGGAACAGACCACGGUUAGGCCACAAGGGGCCUAUAAAAAAGAACACGCCUAUGGAUGAAAUACCAUUCUUAGCAGUAGCAAGGUCAUUAGGAGACCUAUGGAGUUAUAAUCCUCAAAAUGAUGAGUUCAUAGUCAGUCCGGACCCUGAUGUGGGUGUUUUGACAAUUGACCCGUCCAAAUUUCGGUGUCUAAUAUUCGGGACAGACGGCUUAUGGAACAUGAUAUCCCCUGAAGGAGCAGUGAGCUUAGUGCAAGCGACGGAGCGGCACAAUGAAGCUGCCCUCGUAGGAGGGAACACCAACCAGCCGAGGGACUGGCUCAAUCCAUCCAAAAGUUUAGUCGACCAUGCUCUAGAGAGGUGGUCAAACACAAGAAUGCGCGCCGACAACACGUCCGUGGUCACAUUGAUGCUGGACCCGCCCGGCCCGCCGCGCGCCACCGUGCUGCGCUCGCGCACGCAGAAGCCCGCCGCCCUCCCCGCGCCCGCGCCCGCCCCCGCCGUCGCCCGCCCCGCAGAAGACAAGCCCGUGCCGCAGAACGGGCUCACCAUCAUGACGCGCUACUCCGACGCCGAGCGGCCCGCGCCCGAGCCCGCGCCCGCGCCGCCCGACCGCCCGCCCGCGCCCGCCGACGCGCCCGCCACCUACGGCGACCCCGCCGAGUCCCGCUUCAUGGCGCGCGCGCUCGGCCGCAGCCGCGUCGUCAACACGCUCGGCCACGUGUACGACGAGAUCGUGCGCGGCGCGCGCCCGCCCGACCCCGGCCCGCCCGCCACCGCGCUGCCCGACCCGCCCGCCCCGCCCGACCCCGCGCCCGCCGCCGACCCCGCGCCCGACCCGGGUCCCGACGACGCAGCGACAAACGACGACGUCGGCAUCCAGAUCAACGAGGUGUCGUCCAGCUCCCCGGCCGACGCCCCGCCCCGCGCGCGCCCGCGCCGCGCCCGCGACGCCCCGCCCGCGCCCGCCAACGACCGCGUGCUGCGCUCGCACCACGACGAGCCCGCGCGGCCCGUCACGCGCCAGGCCGCCCGCCCGCGCCCGCCGCCCGCGCUCGAGCGCGUCGUCAUCCUCACCCGCCGCCCGCCCGCGCCCGACGACGAGCGCCGCGCCACGCGCUCGCAGGCCGCGCCCGCCCGGACCCCGCGCCCGGCCUGCGCGCGCCCGGGAAACUCGGCGCGCGCCCCGGGGCCGCGCCGGGCCCCGGCGGCGCGCCAGCAGCGCCCGCGCGCGGACCGCUCCAAGGAGAACCUCGGCGCCAGCCGCGCCCGCACCCGCGCCGCCUCCGCCGCGCCUGAGCCGGAGCCGGCGCCGGCGCCCGCGCCCGAGGUGCACUCGACGACGGGCGAGGCGUGCGCGCCGGCGCCGGCGCCGCGGCCGCGGGCGCUGCGCUCGCGCAACGAGGCCGCGUCGCCGCCGCCGGGCAAGCGCGCGCGGCCGGGCCCGGCGCCGGCGACGGAGCGCUGCGCGCGGGCGCUGGGCAAGCGCGCGUCGGGCCCGUGGGCGCCGGCGCUGGCGCUGCGCAACCGCCUGCGCCGGCGCCUGGCGAAGUAG